AUGUCGGACUUCAAAGACAUGCUCGGGAUCCCGCGGGAGAACCCAAACGCUAACGCGAGUGGUUUAGGAACGAAGAAAUCGAAGAAAGAGGUCAAACCGAAAGGCAUGAGCCGAGAGGUGUGGCAAAUCGUUCGGGGAAACCAAUCGAGCCAUUCUCAGGGCGGAAUGCAAGGUCUUCAUGCGCAAGGAGGAGGAGAAGAUAAAGCGAAUGGAGGAGGAAUGGUGGACGCGUUGGUACCGCUAGUCCCCACGCACGCCGGCUUGAAAACGAAAAGGAAAGUUUCCGCGAGGAAAGUCUCGUGGUCGUGGCAGCCGUUUCGGAAUUCUGCCCGGACCGAUGGGUUGAUGUUGAAGCACUGGGUGAAGAAGAAUAUCGGCGCGGCGGCGGCGACGGGGGGGAAAGAUGGUGCGGCGGGUACCGGUGGGAAACUUUUACCAGGGACUGGUUUAGAAGCGACCGGGUACGGCGUGGAUAUCGGAGGCGAUUACGCGUUUGCAAAGUAUAACAAGAAAGUGGAAGUGCCGGAGUUUACGGAGCGAGAGUACGAGAGAUGGAUCGCGAAUUUAGAUUCGAAGGAAACGAAAGCGGAGAAACCUUCCGAGAAUGAUACGAACGAAAACGACGAGAAUCAAGAAAACAAGGAGAGUUUAAUGAAUGACGACCGACUGGCGUUCAAACCUUGGUCGAAAGAAGAGACGGAAUAUUUGUUUGAGAUGUUACGAAGGUUUGAUUUACGGUUCAUAGUAGCUAAAGAUCGAUGGUCGAGCACGGCGAGUCCGUGCGAGAGAAGCAUCGAGGAUAUGAAGACUCGAUAUUAUGAAGUGUGCAGAGCGCUGGUGAGAGCGCGGGCGUCGAAUAAGGAAGAAGCGGAGGCGAAUUUGAUUUGUAAGACGCCGUUUGAUCCGCAACACGAGUUAAUGAGGAAAGAAGCGUUGGAGACGUUGUUGGCGAGGACGAACGUGGCGCACAAGGAGGAGGCGGAUAUAUUGGCGCAGGUGAAGAAGAUUGAGUCCGAUAGACGAGCUGAGACGCACGCGUUGUUGCAACGACAGCAAGCGGUGUUCGCACCGAAUAGGUUUGCCGCGCACGAGAAGCGGGCGAAGAUUGAGGAGAUCAGAAAGGAUUUCGAAAGCGACAUGCCGCACCACGGCGUGCCGUGCACGACGACGCAAACGAGUCGAGACGACGUGCAGCCGGGAGUGUACCCGAGAUCGCAGAGGGCGGUGGAAGUAGCGGCGGAAAUUGCAGGGAGAGAUGCGCCGAAUUCAGGUUUAGGACCGAGGUACGCCAAACGGUUGGACCAAUCGGUGGAGGAAUUGGGAUGUCCGGAACCAAGAAAUGGAACCAAAGCUGCCGUGGCUGGUUGGUUGCGUUUGAGAAAGCAGUGCGGCGUGUAUUUGACUUUGAGAAAGCAGAUAGCCUCUGCGCACGAGAAGUUAGUGCAGGCGGGUAAAGCGGUUGCGAUUCAGUUACCUCCGGCGACGGCUUCGGGGCCGGCGCUCGGAGCGAACGUUCCGCAGACGCCGACGACGGCAGAUAGAGGAGGUUUUAGUAACAUGGAUGGAUUUCCAGCGGCGGGAGCGAGCAUGAAGCAGCAAACCAUUGCGGAUAGAAAACCACCCGGGCAGAAAACGGGCGGUUUAAAUAUUGGAUUUAGAGAUACUGAAGAGAAAGGCGGAAAAGCGGAAAAAGAAAAAGCGAAACCGAAGAAAGCGGAGAAGAGAAAAGCGGAAACGACUGGCGCCGGUACGCGCAAAAAGCUUCGAAAAAAAUAA